CUUCUCCCCCCUUCCCCUUCGACAUCUUCUCAUCCCUCCCCCAUGAACCACUGCUACUAUUUCUUGCUCUCCUUGGCUUGCUCGCUACCUGUUUGAUUUAAUUCCCACCUCGAUCUUCGCCACCGAUUGAUCCAUCCAUCCGUAUCAGACGAGAUUAAGCUCCUGCUCCAGCUCCAGCUUCGACUCAUAACAAGAUGCCUCCCAACGGCCAGGGCCACCACCAGGCCGGCGCGCACCUCGUCGCCAUGCCACCGCCAGCCUCCAAGAUGGACUGCUUCUUGUCCUUCGUCUGCAAGCCACUAGACCUCCAGUUCAUCGACGUCACCUACCGCGUCAAGCUAGACCGAACCACAUCCUCAUCGACAAACAAGGAUCAAUCCCCAGGCCGCAUCUCCUCGCACUCCGGCGGCACAUCAUCAUCAUCAACAACAGAGGAGCGCACAAUCCUCAAAGGGAUAACAGGCUCGGCCCACCCAGGCCAAAUCCUGGCGAUCCUCGGCCCAUCAGGCAGCGGCAAGUCCACCCUCCUCUCCAUCCUCGCCAACCGCAGCCUCUCCUCCUCCCACUCCGGCACCCUCCUCGCCGGCGGCCGCCCCUACACCCGCGCCACCCAGCGCCGGACAGGCUUCGUCGCCCAGGACGACAUCCUCCACCCGCACCUCACCGUCCGCGAAACCCUCCUCUUCUGCGCCAUGCUGCGGCUCCCUUCCUCAUCCCCAACCAGAUCCAAGCUCGCCGCCGCCGACGCCGUGAUCUCGGAGCUCGGCCUCACCGCCUGCGCCGACACCAUCGUCGGCAACGCCUUCGUGCGCGGGGUGUCCGGCGGGGAGCGGAAGCGGGUGAGCAUCGGGCACGAGCUGCUGGUGGACCCUAGCCUGCUGGUGCUCGACGAGCCGACCUCCGGGCUCGACUCCACCGCCGCGGCUCGGCUCGUCGACACGCUCUCGCGGCUCGCGGCGGGUAAGGGGGGAGCCGGAGGAUUUGCGAGGAGGACGGUGGUGAUGUCGGUGCACCAGCCGUCGAGCCGCGUGUACAGGAAGUUCGAUUCCGUCUUGCUGCUGGCCGAAGGGAGGUGUCUGUAUCAUGGGCCGGGGAGGGACGCCAUGGAGUAUUUUGGGUCCGUGGGCUUCCGGCCCGGGUUCCACGUUAACCCCGCCGACUUCAUGCUCGACCUCGCCAACGGCUUUGCUCAAACAGAGUACAGCGAUUCAGUAUCUGACGCAGGAGGAGGCAACGUGAACGUGAAGCAGUCCCUGAUCGCCUCCUACAACAGAGUCCUGGCCCCCAAAGUGAAGGCCGCCAUGAUCAACAUCCACGCUUCCUCCACCAACGAGUCGCCGCAACCGGAGACGACGACCACAACGACGACGAGCAGCUCCUCCUCAUCAUCAUGCCUCGGCAGAAGCAGCGGCGGUGGCGGCGGAUACAGCACGAGCUGGACGAACCAGUUCACGGUGCUCCUCCGGCGGAGCCUCAAAGAACGCCGCCACGAGUCCUUCACGACGCUCCGCAUCUUCCAGAUCCUCUCCCCGGCACUCAUCGCCGGCGCCAUGUGGUGGCGCUCGUCCCCGACCCAGAUCAACGACCGCAUGGGGCUCCUCUUCUUCGUCUCCAUCUUCUGGGGCGUCUUCGCGUCCUUCAACGCCGUCUUCGCCUUCCCGCAGGAACGCGCAAUCCUGACCCGGGAACGCGCCUCCGGGAUGUACUCGCUCUCCGCCUACUUCAUGUCACGCAUGGCGGGCUCUCUCCCCAUGGAGCUGGCCUUACCCUUGCUGUUCACGAUCGUGGUGUACCUCAUGGCCGGGCUCAACCCGGCCCCGGUGGCCUUUGCGCUCACGGUGAUCGUCGUCCUCGGCUACGUGCUCGUCGCCGAGGGCAUGGGGCUGGCCGUGGGGGCUGUGGUCAUGGACGCCAAGAGGGCGUCGACUCUCGCGACCGUCGUCAUGCUCGCCUACUUGCUCACCGGCGGGUUUUAUGUCAGGAAUGUGCCCGUGUUCAUGGCGUGGGCGAAGUAUACUUCGUUCACGUACUACGGGUACCGGCUGCUCAUUGCCGUGCAGUAUGGCGGGGAGCUGAGGAGGUUGCUGCCGGCGGAGGCCGUGGAAGGGGAGGCGAGCACCGCGGUCUGCGUGGCGGCGCUCGUGGGUAUGUUCUUCGGGUACAGGAUCCUGGCUUACCUCGCGCUGCGAAGGAUGAUCAGGACGUGAUGAAUGGUCGAUUCGGGGAUCGAAGAUCGAUGAAUUAUUUUAAUUAAUUAGUGCAGCUAGCCCGUCCCGGCCCGGCCGGUCACCGGCGCCGGAGAAGAACCUGACAGGUUGGCAGGGCCGGGGGUACUGGAGGACUGACGGAAAGCUAAGGGGUUGGAAGUGUUGCCACGGCGAUCGAUCAACGAAUCGGUCGACCUGGAGGAGUCUUCUUCUUAUUCUCCUUGUCUUUUAGGAGUAUUUCCUCCUUUUCGGCUUGCUGUUGGAUCUUGGCUGUUGGUUUCUUUUCUCUGCAUGGUGGAUCCUCCGGCGAGUCAAUUAAUUAUAGUUAAUUAAAUCUGGGGCCGGUGGUGUAAA